UUGUAGCUUUUCGAGUGCCACACGCAUGUGAGCCCAAAACAACCGCGUUUUUGUUGUUUUUCCUUUUAAUUUGAUGUUUAGUGCGCGUUUUUCAGCGGUGUUGUAAUAACAUUUCGCAGUUUAGUACGAACAUAGGUUUACCUCGCUUAUAUUUGGUUUGUUGACGUUUUAAUUCUGCUAUUUGCUGUUGUGAUGGAGAAUUUAUCAGAGGAUUUGAGAUCUUUUCUACAGAAUCAUCCAUUCUUUGAGCUCACAGACUGUAAGAAGGUGAAGUGCACAUUGAACGGUCAUGAGCUUCCUUGCAGUCUCAAUGAACUGCAGCUUUUCACAGCAGGAAAGAAAUACAAGAAACUGUCAGAAGAGGCAGAGUUUAAUUACAGUCAGUAUGAGCCUCAUAUAGUGGCGAGCACUAAACAACCUAAUCGUCUCUUCUGCAAGCUCACGUUACGUCACCUCAAUCGUGUACCACAACACAUUCUACGCCACGUCAACGGCAAACGAUACAAGAAAGCUCACGAGAACUAUGAGGAGUGUGUUCGUCAGGGUGUGGCGUCCGUUCCUGCCAGACUCAAACAGAAAAAGAGACCCAAAGAGCGUGAUGAUGCCACAGGAAGUGACCGACGACACAAGAGGAAGGAGGACAGUGGAAUAUGGGCUCCUAGCUCGAGUGACGUCGAAAAAGGCGACUCAGAGGACAGCAUGUCUGACCUUUACCCCACGUCCAUGUUCAAUUUAAAGAAAGCCGAGGGUGAGGAGGGUAUGGGAGAGGGAGAGGAAGAUGAUUUCAAGACUGAUGAUGAUGAUGAUAUGUCUGAAAUGGAGGUAGAAAACCAGACAUCGAAACGCAAAAAGGUACAGUCCAGUGGAUUUACAAAAAAAUGUAAGAAGGACAAAAAGAAGAGAGGUUUUAGACAUGUUGCCAAAGUAAAUGGAAAAUAAAGUGAAUAAUAAAGUAUGUGACUCAUUAAAA